GGUAGAAACAAGUCAACUCAAAAUGACUGUUGAAAAUCAAGAAGCUGACUGUGGAUGUUUCCUUAGUGCAUGGCUUUGGUUCAACAAAUUGGUAAAGAAGCUCAUGUUUAAGGUUGUUGAUACGGCAAGCAAUGCAAAAAAAUUAGGGCAAGAAGAUCCUCGAAGAAUUGUUCACUCUCUGAAAGUAGGAUUUGCCAUAACUCUGGUGUCACUGUUCUACUAUUUCGAGCCUAAAUUUGACUAUGAAGGCUUCGGUGUUUCUGCAAUGUGGGCUGUUCUCACUGUUGUCGUCGUCUUCGAAUUUUCUGUUGGAGCAACCCUUGGAAGAGCUAUAAAUAGAGGGAUUGCAACAUUUUUAGGUGGUUCACUAGCUGUUGGAGCUCAUAGGUUAGCAUGUUUCUCUGGGUCAAAGACAUUGGAGCCUAUUGUACUUGGGAUUUUUCUCUUCUCGAUAGCUGCAAUUGUGACAUAUUUGAGAUUUCUUCCAAAAUUGAAGGCAAGAUAUGACUAUGGCGUCCUUAUUUUUAUCUUGACAUUCUCCUUGGUCUCUGUGUCGGGUUAUCACGAUAAGGAAGUGUUAGAAAUUGCACAUACGAGGCUAUCAACAAUUCUUAUAGGAUCUGCCACUGCCUUAGUUGUUUGCAUUUUCAUAUAUCCUGUUUGGGCUGGUGAAGAACUUCACAUUAAAAUUUCCUCCAAUCUUGAAAAGCUUGGCUCUUUCCUUGAAGUCUUUGGCGCUGAAUACUUAAACACAGCACGUGGGGCAGCCAGUGGACAAAAAGCAUCUGAUCUUCAUGGAUAUAAAAGUGUGCUUAAUUCAAAAGGCUCCGAAGAAGUACUGGCUAAUUUUGCAAAAUGGGAGCCUCGCCAUGGGAAAUUUAGGUAUCGCCAUCCUUGGGCUCAAUAUUUGGAAGUUGGUGGUAUUGCUCGAGAUUGUGCUUACCGAAUUCAUGCCCUAAAUGGCUAUCUCAACUAUGAAACUCAGAUUGAACAGGAAAUUAGAACUAGAAUUCAAGAACCAUGCAUGAAGGUGAGUACAGAAUGUGGUCACGUUUUGAAAGAAUUAGCGUUGGCUAUGAAGACAAUGACAUAUCCACUAACCAUUAAAGUUCACAUUGAGAAUACAAAACUUGCUGCUGAAAACCUCAAGUCCUUGCUCCAGGCAAAUAGUUCAUGGGAGGAAAUAAUUUUUUCCGAGAUCAUUCCUAUUGCUACAGUAGCUUCAUUACUCAUAGAGACAGUUUCUUAUACGAUAAAUAUGGCGGAAUCAUUUGAUCAACUUGCUACCUUAGCAAGAUUCAAGAAGACUAAUCGUUUUGCCCUGGCAAGAAUAAGAACUGGUAGUUGGAAAAGGAAAAGAGUUGUGCCAGAGCAGAAUACAGAAAGUGCACAUCAUCAUGUUAUUGCAGUAGAGUGAUGAUAAUGAGCAGUUGCGAUACCAGAAAUUCUAACAAAGGAUUAGAA